AUGGGCGCAGUUGUUCGAGCAUUUGAUACACGUCCAACUGUAAAAGAGCAAGUGCAAUCGAUGGGUGCUGAAUUUCUUGAACUUAAUUUUAAAGGUAGUGAAAGUGGUGAAGGAACCGGUGGUUAUGCAAAAGAAAUGUCACCAGAAUUUAUCGAAGCUGAAAUGGCUUUAUUUUCUAAACAAGCUAAAGAAGUUGAUAUUAUUAUUACAACAGCUUUAAUUCCCGGCAAACCGGCUCCAAAAUUAAUUACAAAAGAAAUGAUUGAAAGUAUGAAACCAGGUUCAGUUGUUGUCGAUUUAGCAGCUGAAGCUGGUGGUAAUAUUGAAACAACACGUCCAGGAGAAAAAUAUGUUUAUAAAAAUGUUACACACAUUGGUUAUGCAGAUCUUCCAUCACGUUUAGCAGCACAAGCAUCAGGUUUAUAUGCAAAUAAUAUUUCAAAAUUUCUUUUAUCAAUUGGAAGUCAAGAUCAUUAUUAUAUUGAUUUAAAUGAUGAAGUUGUACGUGGUUCACUUAUUUUACGUGAAGGAGAAUUAAUGUGGCCACCACCAGCACGAGCAGCAAUUGAAACUCCUCUAUCAAAAAAACCUAAAAAAGAUGAAAAAGCUGCAGAAAAACUUGCUGCUGAAGUUUUAACACCAAACUAUUUUACAAAAUAUUUAAAAAAUUCAUUAAUAUAUACAAGUAGUAUUGGUGGUCUUCUUGGUUUAGGUAUUAUUUCACCAAAUCCCCAAUUUGCAAAUAUGAUUACAACAUUUGCUUUAUCGGGUAUUGUUGGUUAUCAUACAGUAUGGGGUGUACAACCAGCUUUACAUAGUCCAUUAAUGAGUGUUACAAAUGCUAUUAGUGGUAUAACUGCUGUUGGUGGUUUAUUAUUAAUGGGCGGUGGAUAUUAUCCACAAACAGUUCCACAAGGUUUAGCAGUUAUUGCUGCAUUUAUAUCAAGUAUUAACAUU